GCUCCUUUAUGAGAUAUAAAUUUAUUUAUCAUUCAAACCCUUGUAAAAUUAAAAUAUUUUCUGGAAAUAACCUAACGGUCAAUCUUUCUAAUUUUCACACAUUUUGUUAUACAUCAGAAUUCACUUAGAUUUUUUCAAGAAAAUCCGAAUAUCAGAAAAAACUCGAUCGACAAGGAAGUUCUACCUUAAACGACGGCGUGUAUGUAUGGUGCAAUAUAAGAAUUCAACUCCAUUUGCGCAUUCAACUUAUUUAGUAGAGCACAGUGGCAUCAUUUUUAAACCAAACAAGACACUCACAUUAUGGCGGCCAGAGAUUAUGCAGGCUGUUACUCCGGUUUAGAUGACAUAUUAUUUGAUGGAAAUAAAUAUGUUUGCAAACUGGAACCCAAAUGGGCAAAGAAGGCCAGGGAGGAGUUAAACGAAGACCCCAAGGAACGAGACGCAGCUGUGGACCAGUUUAGACAGUGGGUUAAACAGCAACCACAUUAUGCCGUAUGCACAGACACGAAUUUCCUGCUGCAAUUUUUGAGAAGGUGCAAGUUCAGUCAGUUGGAGGCCAGGACGAUGUUUGACGUCUAUCACAGCAAGAUUUACAACGAGUUACCAUUUUGGAUGUGUAACCUCGACACUGAGUCUUCUGCUAUGAAGAAACUUCUCACGAGAGACAUGCCCUUCCUCGUAUUGCCAGACAGGGACAGUGAAGGACGUAGGAUUCUUAUAUGGAGAGCAGGUGGUUACCAAACGGGGAAGAAUUGUGGGUACAACAACGAAGACCUUUUUGCGAUGAUCGGUUCCGUGUUCAUGUGCAUAAUGCGAGAGGAGUUAACUCAGGUUAACGGGGUUGUACUUUUUAAAGAUGGCACCGGACAAACCUUAAAGCACACAACUUUCAUUGGGAUGGAAACUGUGAAAAACGCAUCUAUGAUCUUUUACAAUAACUUUCCGGCGAGAAUCAAGCAUGUCUAUAUGUAUAACAGCGGGGCUGUUAUGGAGGCCUUUACUGCCAUCUUUUGGCCUUUCCUUUCAAACAAAAUAAAGGAAAGGUUCAACUACUUCCCUAACUUGGAGGAACUUUAUGAAAAACUCCCCAUGAAGUUAUUGCCUAAGGAGUACCUACCAGAUGACUACACUGGUCCUCAUGCUGGAACCAUUAGCCAGAUAUCUAACUACUGGUAUCAGCGGUUGACGUCACCCGAGCUGAACAAAAGAAUCAAGACAUUGAGCACAACGCAGUUCAAAGUCGACGAGACGAAACGACCGAAAAAAGGUCAAGAUGAAGUAGCAAGCUUCAGAAAACUUAACAUUGAAUAA